AAAACCAAUGAAAAUACACCCGAACAAGCUUACGAGGGAUCAUAUUUUGCCUACGUGGAUUACACCUCUUUCAAUAAAGGAAAUACAUCGUUUUUUGGUUCCAAUACAUUAUUUCCAGCUAAGAAGUGGUGCCUACGGUUUCGUUACUUCAGCUUCAGCGCAGAUUCCUAUGCGGUCCUUACUGUGGUGACCUACAAUAAUGUUACAAAGGAAGUGAAGUAUCAUGUCAAUAUUACCCGUUCUGAUUUUGAGGAAUGGAAAUAUGCAGAACAAAAUAUUCAGAUUGAGAAUGAUUUCUUACUUGGAUUCCUUGCUACAAGAGGGAAUCGAAGGUUGAUUUUUGCUAUAGACGAUGUUACUAUGAUUGCAGGUUCAUGUGAGGAAUCAUCAACAAAACUGCUUCAUAUGAAAGGAGAAAUGAAAUGUAACUUUGAGGGAGGAGUAGAUACAUGCUUUAACCAAGACACAUCUGAUGAUUUUGACUGGACCAUUACAAGGGUAAGUUUUUACUCUCUGAUCCAUUUGAUAGAUAUUAGGACAAUUCUUGGGUACGCUUGGACUUUCAGUAAGGCGUGA